AUGGCGAGACGCAGCGACGAUGAAGAAGCCUUUAUUGCCUUGGGAAACGAGUGCUCUGAUCCUCAACCACCCUUGUUCCGCGACCGAUUUGAUGAACUUUACCCGCCCGAGUUCUCACGAAAGCUUGUGGCGGAGGUGAUCGCUACGUAUUUGCUUGUGUUUGUGUCGUGUGGUGUGGCGGCAUUGAGUGGGAGUGAUGAACCGGUAGUGACGAAGCUUGGAGCUUCAAUUACCUGUGGAUUGAUUGUGACGGUGAUGAUUUACUCCGUCGGACAUAUCUCCGGCGCUCAUAUGAAUCCAGCGGUUACUAUUGCUUUUGCUGCUGUUCGGCGAUUUCCAUGGAGACAGGUUCCACUUUAUGCAGCAGCUCAAUUAAGUGGAGCUACGUCUGCAGCCUUCACACUACGCAUAUUAAUGGAUCCAAUUCAAGAUUUAGGUACUACUUCACCACAUGGACCGGCUUUGAAAGCACUUGUUAUGGAGAUUGUUGUCUCAUUUUGUAUGAUGUUUGUCACUUCUGCGGUUGCCACCGACACCAAAGCUAUAGGAGAGCUUGGAGGCGUAGCUGUGGGGUCAGCUGUAUGUAUCUCGUCCAUCUUUGCUGGGCCAAUAUCGGGUGGAUCGAUGAACCCAGCAAGAUCAAUAGGACCAGCCAUUGCAAGUUCACGUUACGAAGGAAUUUGGGUGUACAUGAUCGGUCCAGUUACAGGAACCUUGCUUGCAUCAUUUUCAUAUAAUUUCAUACGAGCCACUGAAAAACACACCCAUUCACUCUCGUUACAUUGA